ACCGCGUGUACUUUUCAUGAAAAUGAGAUUUCAUGUAUUCAGGCUCCGAUGUCAGUCAUGGAUUUCAAACAUGCCAGUGAAAUACACAACAAAGACCAGACUUCUCUAUAAACGCCUCUUCUGCCUAAACAUUUCAGAUUUUAGUAUUUCUCAUUCAUGUUACUCCACUGGAACUUUUGCAGAAGUGCAUUUCAUCUUGAGCAAAACCCACAGAGCCAACAAAAGUCUUGUUUCCUUCAAUUCCCAGAUAACCAAACAUGGAAGAAACGGUGACGUCAGAGAAGCAGAGUCGGUUUUUUGCAGCAUGCCCAGCAGAAACACCGUUUCCUGGACCGCCAUGCUGACUGCUUAUGCUGAAAAUGGCGAAAUUGUUAAUGCACGGAACAUGUUCGAUAUAAUGCCCCAACGAAAUACUGCUUCGUAUAAUGCGAUGAUUACGGCUUACGUUAAGAACAACUGUAUGAUAGAUGAAGCUUUUGAUUUGUUUUUGAGGAUUCCCAAGCCCAAUGCAGUUUCUUAUGCUGCUAUGAUUACAGGGUUUGUGCGGGCGGGAAUGUUUGGCAAGGCAGAGAAUUUGUACUUUGUGACACCGACUGAGUGGAGAGACCCAGUUUGUUCGAAUGCAAUGAUCGGUGGGUAUUUGAAGAUAGGAAGGUUUGAGGAGGCAUUUCGUGUUUUCGAUGGAAUGUUAGUUAGAGACGUGGUUUCAUGGAGCUCUAUGGUCAAUGGAUAUUGCAAAGCAGGAAGGAUUGUUGAUGCCAGAUAUUUGUUUGAUAAGAUGCCUGAUAGAAAUGUGGUUACUUGGACAGCUAUGAUUGACGGUUAUAUGAAGGACAUGAAUUUCAAAGAAGGGUUUGAAUUGUUUAUAAAAAUGAGAAGGGAAGGGAAGGUGGAUGUCAAUCCCACUACCUUGAGUGUAAUGUUUGAUGCCUGUGGCAGUAUUUCAAGAUAUAAAGAAGGCAUUCAGAUGCACGGGUUGGUCACGCGUAUGGGACUUGACUUUGAAGUCAUCUUAGACAAUUCUAUCCUUGUCAUGUAUUGCAGAUUUGGCUGUUUGAUUGAAGGUACUAAGAUGUUUUAUACAAUGAGAAAGAGAGAUGCAAUUUCAUGGAAUUCCUUGAUCGCGGGCUAUGUUCAGUGUGCUGAUAUCAACGGAGCUUUGGAGGUUUUUGAGAGGAUGCCCAAGAAGGAUAAGGUCUCUUGGACAACCAUGAUUUCAGGAUUUUUUAGCAAAGGGUUGCUUAAGAAAGCUAUCAAAUUGUUUAGAAUGAUGCCCGAAAAAGAUACCGUUUCUUGGACAGCUGUAAUUUCCGGGUUUGUGAGCAAUGAGGAAUAUGAAGAAGCUUUUCGUUGGUUUACCGAGAUGCUUCGGCAAGCUGUUAGGAUUAACCCACUUACCGAGAUGCUUCGGCAAGCUGUUAGGAUUAACCCACUUAGUUUGAGCAGCAUCAUCAGUGCUUCAUCUUGUUUGGCCACUCUAAACCAAGGAUUGCAGAUCCAUGGUCUUGUAAUAAAGAUGAACAUGCAAUUUGAUUUAUCCAUCCAAAAUUCUCUAGUCUCAAUGUACUCAAAGUGUGGAGAUUUGCCUGCUGCUUGGAAAAGUUUUGUGAAUAUUGAAUCACCGAAUAUAGUCUCUUUUAACUCAAUGAUUUCUGGGUUUGCCCAAAAUGGUCUCGGUAAAGAAGCACUUAAUUUAUUUCACAAAAUGGUGAAGGAAGGUUGUGAACCAAAUGGAAUCACCUUUCUAGGCGUUUUUUCAGCUUGUGUCCAUGUGGGUUUGGUAGAAGAAGGAUGGAAGUACUUUAGAAUGAUGGAAUCAUCAUACAAUAUAGAAGCAGGGCCUGAUCAUUAUGCUUGCAUGGUUGAUCUCCUAGGCAGAGCUGGUUUAGUAGAUGAAGCAGUGGAGUUGAUCAAUUCGAUGUCAUUUGAGCCUCAUCCUGGAGUUUGGGGAGCUCUUCUUGGCACAAGCAAGACCCACUUACGUCUUGAUGUUGCAGAAAUCGCAGCUCAGAAACUCAUUGAGUUGGAGCCUGAUAAUGCAACUACUUAUGUUGUCAUGUCAAACUUGCAUUCGAUUUUGGGUAAAAAGAAGGAUGGCGAUCAGUUAAGGAUGACCAAGAAAUUAAAGGGGAUAAAGAAGAGUCCGGGUUGCAGCUGGAUUGUUAUCAAGGACAAGGUUAAUUCGUUCCUUGCAGGAGACAAAUCUCAUAUUGACAUAGAGGAAAUUAGAAUAAUCCUGUGGAUAAUAAUGGCCGAAAUGAGACAGCUGAACUUUGACAGUGAUAAGGACAAGUCUCAAAUUUCACUAGACAUAAGCUAG